AACAAGUUAGCAAACAUAUUGAAAUGCGAAAAGGCCAAAACAAACCCAUCAAAAUGUGUCAAUAGUGGACAGUCAAGCUGCGGAACCGAUCACUUGUCAUGCAGAGUUCCGGAAGAUGAAUCAGAAAUACAGGAUUUCUCCAGAAAAAUCCGUGGGCAAGCUUUUGGAAUUUUACAGCGUUCUCAAAUAAUUGAAAAUGAGCAACGUCGUAAGAAGAAGGAGUUGGACGAAAAGGAGCAAGAUCUGUGUUGGAUAGAAGAGUUAAAGGCUAAAGAUCGUGAAAUGGAAAUGAAUGAAUACUUGGCGGAAUUGACCAAAAAGAAGGCCCUCUAUGAUGAUAUUGCCAAACAGAUUGCGUCUCAAGAACAAACAACGCUGAGAGACUUCGAAGCCGAAAAGAGGCAUUGUGAAGAAAUUAUCGCCAAUGAACUGGAUGAGAUAAAUCAGUUAGUUAAUUUCCAUCGUAAUGUUUCGAAACUAUGCUGUUGA